GGCAGAACAAUAUCGGAGAAAGUUUUUCGGUGUUCUUCGGAAAGAAAAGAGAAAGGAAGAAAGUGUUUUUUCGGAAACGUGAAGUGGUGGUUGUGAGAGUUUUUUGUAGUUCGCUAUACUGAUUUUCGAAACUGCUAAUUUUACAAGAUCAAGUUUAAUGAGCAGUAUUUCUAUAAUUAAUUAAUAAUUAAAAACAUUUAAACUAAAAAGAAAUAGGGACUUUUCAUUUUAUCAUUAUAACUGAUGAAAAUCAUUAUUUUAAGGUGGAGAAGUAAAAAAAUAAUUAAUUAUUUUGUUGCUUAGUUGCAAUUAGUAUCGACACAAUACAGAAUCGAAAUCUAAAGAGUUGAUUCAAGAUGCAGAAUUUAAUUUUUUAAUUCGAGGCUGAAGUGGUGAACUCUUAAAUAUUUCAUGCAUUUUGAGAUAUUGAAAAUUAUAUUUAUAGACCAAAGAAGAAAAUUCUAAUUGGAUUCCUUUUAUUUAGUAGGAUAUCAGUUUGAAAGACACGAUAUCGGUACUCAGAGCAACCUAAAGUCACUGCUAAUACCGACUGGCAUCACGACUUCAAAUACCAAGACACACGACGUGCCCACUUCUGUGUGUCCUGCCAUCGAGCGUUCACAGAUCCGAGCAAUCUCCAAAGACAUGUGCGUUCUCAGCACUUAGGAAGUCGAAAUCACGCGUGUGCCCAGUGCGGAAAAGCAUUUGCUACAUCGAGCGGCUUGAAGCAGCACACUCACAUCCACAGCAGCAUCAAACCUUUCCAGUGUGAUGUCUGUUACAAAGCUUACACACAGUUUUCCAAUCUGUGUCGUCAUAAGCGUAUGCAUUCUUUAUGUCGUCUACAAGAUGAAUGCAGCCAUUGCAAAAAGUCUAUACUGACAUCGGAAGCUGCAAUAUAUACUUCAUUAGACAAAUACAGAUCCCCUCUGACUUCUAAAGGAAGUCAUAAAAGGGACAGGCGUGAAAAAUUUUCAUUGUUGCCACAAUCGAAUUUGAAAAAAACUUCACUUGAUAUUCGAAAAACUAGGAAACAAAUCUUUGUCCCAGAAGCAACGGUAUUACAAAAAGAGACUGAAUUCAUUAUCGAUCUGAGAACACAUAAAUCUCACAUGGUCAGUACAUCUGACAGACUAUGCCUUAGUGGUGUUAAAAGUGAAAACAUGUUCCAUUAUCAGCGCCAAACUUCACCAAAAAUUGCUUCUGUUUGUCCAGAAGCUCUGACAAUGAAUGAGCUGUAUUCUUAUCACAGACUGAUGGAUAAUCACUGCUUUGGGACUUCUGAACUAGCCAGACAAUGGAAAUUGUCCAGUGAGGAACCAUAUUUGCCUAGAUUACAUCCUUUUCCUCCUCCGGUUGUAGAUUAUUCCAAACAGAUUGACGAACCUUUAGACCUCAGAGUCAGCCAGAAAAGAAAAAGCACUACAGAUUUAGAUGAGAAUAAUAACAAAGAGUGGAAAUACCCUCUUGAGUCAAAUUACAUGCAAAAUGCUUUUCCCCGCGAUUUUUCAUUACCAUGGACUACUCCACUGCAUCCUUUAUUCGUUGAUACCAUGUACCGGAACCACCAAGAAAGUAUGGCUCUGAACUUUUUCAAUAGCUCACAAGAAUGCAUGCCUCAUCCAUUUCAACAGCACUUAGUGGACAGCUCAGUUUCCGAAACGUCUGCUUUGGCUUUCAGCAAAAAUCAAAUUCAUAACGCUGCCGAUCACUACAUGAAAGCCAAGAAGAACAAAGAAAAAUAUUCAUGCAAGUUCUGUGGGAAGAUCUUCCCACGUUCAGCCAAUCUUACUCGACAUCUGCGCACACAUACAGGGGAACAACCAUACAAAUGCAAGUACUGUGAUCGUUCGUUCAGCAUUUCUUCGAACCUGCAAAGACAUGUUCGUAAUAUUCAUAACAAGGAGAAACCAUUUAAGUGUCCGUUGUGUGAACGAUGCUUUGGGCAACAAACCAACCUGGACAGGCACUUGAAGAAACACGAAGCGGAAGACAUAUCUUGCUCAGAUAACAAUUUAUCGCUGAACAGGUACAAAUUUCAAGAAAAUUAUGCGAAUGAAUUUACUAGGAUGCGAGAAUUGGACAUGAGACGCAGUUGGUCUUAUGAGGCAAAUGAGUCAAAAAGCUCACAUAUUAAGGCAGUUUUGAGAAAGGAUGCAGAAUUCGCCGGCAAUGCUACAGAUAGGCAAACAAGCUCUCCAAUGACCAGAUCACCAGCUAAAAGUCCCGAUAAUGGCAAUAACACAGAAUCUGCUACAGAUGACGAAAGCAGUGAUAAAUCGUAGAUGGACAGAAAUCUGAAUACAGUCGUAGCGAUACUUCCAGAAUAUUUAACAUUUGAUCAGAUGAAGAACGAUUCAGGAAAUAUAUAUAAAAAAUAUAGGAAAGAAUUUUUAUUAUUUCUUGUGAUACUGGAUGGUUUCAGGAAAAACUUGAAUCAGUGUGAUAGUAAAGAGGAGGCGAAGUUUUAUGCAAAUAAUUCUAGUUGUAAAUCUAAAUGUUCUAUAGAGAGAAUUUGUAACCAUAAAAUUUUAAUUAUGUUCAGAAUAACAACAUUAAUAAGCGUUAGUCAUUGAAGAAUAUUUCACAUUUAAAAAUAUUUUAGAGAUUAGGUUUUGCUUAUUAUGUAACAACGCCCAAAAAUCAUAUAAUAACGAUAAAAUUUCCUAUUUAAAAGGGGAAU